AUGACUCAAUCUUUCUCAGACUGGUUCUAUUACAUGCUAAAUAACACAAACAAGGAAAGUAUGCAAAUCAUUACUACAAUCACUUACACUAUAUGGUUUGCUAGAAAUCAGAAAGUUUUUCAACAUCAAGACAUACCUGUGCAAUUAGCUCUCCCCCGUGCAUUGAAGCUGCUUCAUGAAUACCACCAUAACAUCAAUGAUCAACGACUUGAACCCAAGACUUCGUCCCAUCCUUCGUUUGCUAGUAACGACAAAAGCUGGAGUCCCCCGCCUAGGAACUGCCUAAAGCUCAAUGUGGAUGCUCAUCUUCAGGAUGAUGGCCAUUGGGGGUUAGGUAUGGUCCUACGACGGGAUGAUGGCCGCUGCGUUGGGGCUGCAACGAGGGUUAUAAAGGGAUCGAAUGAUGUGGGUUUAGCAGAAACAGCGGGACUCAAAGAAGCGUUGAAUUUGAUUCAGGCGAUGGAGCUCGAUGAAGUUAUUGUGGAGAUGGACGCAGCAGUGAUAGUUAACGCGAUUCACAACAAAAUUUUCCCAAGGAAUCAAUGGGGACUGUUGGCUCGUGAGUGCUCUAGGGCUUUCGAUCUAAACAACAAGCUUUCUCUGAAGUGGGUAAGCAGAGAGGGGAAUCACGCAGCACACUCUUUGGCUAGAUGGGCUUUUACUGAGCCCAACAAGUGGUGGUCCAAUUAUUUCCCUGAUUGUAUAAAUCAUCAUAUCCAAAAAGAUAUGGCCUUUGUAACCUAG